AUGAAUAGAAGAAAAUCUGUAACAAGAAACCUACAAACAGCAACAAUGAUACUGAAAUCGCAACCACUAGCUAACAUAACCACGUCACCUAGAAAUCAACAAAGAGAAGUGAAAGUACAUACAAAUUAUGAACAAAGAGCCAAAACAGUAUGGAA